GAAGCCGCCGGGUGUGUGAACCUGUUCGCUCACUCGCGCGAAGUUGCCGACUUUGGGUCGGAGGUGUGGUACACACGCUCCGGUGUGUAGCAGUCGUUCGAGACCAGCCGGUCAAUGGACGCUGGCAGCAGUUCGUAGUCGUGCUCCAGCCGUGCCGCGGGCAAGUCGUCGGCAUCGGGAUUCCAAAGAUGGAAGCAGUGCUCAGGAAUUGGUGAUUUACCGGCCAGCAGGAAUCAAGUGCGGAAAAGUGCUACGACCAGUGCGUGCGACAGUGAACGUCCAGGAACAAUGAACACACAGCACAGCAAGAACCGUUUGGAAGCGUUUCCGUCCGUUACUGUUUUCGAUUGUUUUUAACUGUCCCGCCCGCCCCGGUGGUUGACUGCUCACAAAGUGCCUCCUGAAACAGAGUAUGCAGUUGAUAGUGUUACAGUUGCCCCGUUUGCCUUCGGAACUCGGAACAUCGGGUCAGCCCAGAUGCUCUCCAUCCUGGAACUCGCCAAUGUUACGUUAAGUUUUCCCUCCCUCAAAGUUGAGAUUUAAGGCGUUGAUCGAAGAAGAAGAUCCUCGAGGCCAGUUGAAUUUUUGUUUAGUACGUAUUGAUGAAAUGCGCGAGAUAAGGCAAUAGAGGCCCAGUUUUUGCGGUAUUUUCGCCUGCCACAAGUGUACUUAAGACUUCCUCCCUCCGGAAAGUUAGUUCGGCCUGCAGCCCAAAAAAGACGAGUGCCAACAGUUUGUGCUGUUCCAGAAGAACUUUCGGAAAAACUUGCACCGAUCGCGUUUAACGCUGUUCGCCCGGCAAAGUCUGGAUGUAGUUGAUCGGUGUGUUUGUGUCUGGCUGUGUGGGUUUGUUUUUGGAAGGUCCUGCUGCUUCAAACCGCACACGAGUCGGGACACCCGGGAAGAGGAAGCCACACAAACGCUUCCGUGGCGGUGUCGUACCCCCAUCGAUACUCGUCGAUACGCUCAUCGAAACUCCGACCCAUUCGGACUCUGCAGCAGAGAAGAGUGCCUUCCCAUACUACACAGCUCGGCGGUCCACGGUUGACCGUCGCUUUGUUGGUUCCCGUGUCGCUGAUUGCUGGACGGCUGUUAGACAGCCCGAAGCGUGGAGCAGGUGGAACAGUACGACACGAUAGGAGCCUGUUUUGUUGUUGUUGUUGUUGGAGCUCUCAGCACUCACUCCCGCACACUCACACAACGUGCCUUUCGUUAUUGAGCGGUUAGCUUAAGUGUGUAGCUGUAGCUGCUUUUUGGGUGACUCCAUUUUUCGUUUCGCCUACAUAAACCUACCUAGAUGCCGAGGUGCCUUUUUCGUUGAUUGCGCGCUCGCUCUAUCUCUCGGUCGCGGGUCCUAACAGCGUGUGACGGGUGGGUUUUGGGGGCAGGCCCGGAGUCCAACCGGCGCGCUAACCGGUGGCGGACAUCGCAGCCGGUCCUCACUCCCCUCAUCGCGGCAAACAGGACGCGGACAGGCAAGACGUUCCCGGUUUGUGCCUUUGAUCUUUUUCGAACGCUUCUCAGUUCUUCGUACGGGACGCUUCGGACGGGGUGGCGAAGUUCUGCUUUGCUCCGGACUCCUUGCAUCCGUACUACUCCCGUGUGUGUAAAUGUGUGUGCGUGUGUGCGUGUGUAUAAUAUAGUAAUAGACAUUUUGCGCGUAAGAAACCAUCCCAUCCAAGUGAAGGGAUCACCAUGGAGCAACUGGUGCCGACCGACGACGUGGACUGCUUCACUAGAGCAGCCACCAUAGCAGGUGUUCAGUCGCGAGGAUGUCCACACUUUCCCUACGGAUCAGCCUCGAGGGAGGCCGGGUGACAAAGACGAUCCAGUUCGAUCCGAGCACGACCGUGUUCGAUGCGUGUCGCAUCAUCAAGGACAAGUUCGCGGAAGCGGUACAGGGACAGGCGCAGGAGUUCGGCCUCUUCCUAGCGGACGAUGACACCCGGCAAGGAGUGUGGCUGGAGCCGGCCCGCAACCUGGGCUAUUACAUGCUGCACAACCAUGAUGUGCUCGAGUACAGACAGAAGCACCGGACGCUGCGUGUCCGCAUGCUGGACGGUGCCGUCAAGACGAUCCUGGUCGACGAUUCGCUGCCGGUGUCGCAGCUGAUGGUGGUUAUUUGCACAAAGAUUGGCAUUACCAACCACGAGGAGUAUGGGCUGGUGCGCGAAGAUCCGGAGGCGCAAAACGAAAACCAGCCCGACAAUCGCUCCAACACCGGCACGCUCACGUUGCGCCGAAAGGCGCAGGAGAAGGAGCGGGAUGCGAAGAUGGAAAGCUUGCGGAAGAAGCUUCGCACCGACGACGAGAUAAACUGGGUGGAUGUGGGGAAAACGUUGCGCGAGCAGGGUAUCGACGAACAGGAAACGGUACUGCUGCGGCGCAAGUUCUUCUACUCCGAUCAGAACAUUGACUCGCGUGAUCCGGUACAGCUGAAUCUGCUGUACGUGCAGGCACGUGACGCUAUCCUCGACGGUACGCAUCCCGUCACGCAGGACAAGGCGUGCGAGUUCGCCGGGAUACAGGUGCAGAUCCAGUUCGGUGAUCACAACGAGGCGAAGCACAAAACUGGAUUCUUGGAUUUGCGCGAAUUUCUUCCCGCCUCGUACGUGCGGACAAAGAACAUCGAGCGCAAGAUAUUCGCCGAACACCGGAAGCUCAUCGGUUUGUCCGAGCUGGACGCGAAGUACGUCUACACAAAGACGGCCCGCGAACUUCCCACGUAUGGCGUAACGUUCUUCCUGGUGAAGGAGAAAAUGACCGGCAAGAAUAAGCUUGUCCCACGUUUGCUAGGCGUGACGAAGGAUUCCGUGCUUCGGCUCGAUGAGACGACGAAAGAAAUUAUGAAAUCGUGGCCCCUCACGACCGUACGUCGGUGGGGUGCAUCGCCGAACACGUUUACGCUGGACUUUGGUGACUAUGCCGAUUCCUACUACUCGGUACAGACGACGGAAGCGGAACAGAUUGUGCAGCUGAUUGCCGGCUACAUUGACAUCAUUCUGAAGAAGAAGCAGGCGAAGGACCAUUUCGGUAUCGAGGGCGAUGAGGGCUCCACCAUGGUGGAAGAAAGUGUUGCACCGUCCAAGGCCACCUUCCUUCAACACGAAGAGACGAACAAAUCCGGAAAGGUGGAAACACACUCCAUCGCCAAACCGGCCAUUAUGCGUGGCACAGACGGCGAACGGCCGUACGGUACUGGCGAGAUGCAGUCGAUACAGUACGGUGCCAUCGUCGGUCAGGUCAACCUGGCACACCAGCCACCGAUGUUACAACAAACGCGCAUCAGUUCGGUACUAUCGGAACCACAGCGUGCACUGUUGGGAUACAUUUCCGCCGGUCAGGAAGCGCUCAACCGAGCGGAGAAGGAUCUGGAAACGAAGGUACAGCUUCCACCGCUCGGCACCGAUCCGGGGUCGUUGCAAUGGCGCGAAGAAACGCUCGACACCUCGAAGCAAACCGUCACGACGCAUCUGGCCACGAUGAAUGCAGCCACGGCGCAGGUUGUGACCGCUUCCCAGCCGGAUGAGAUCGAUCACGAAGCGGUCGGUGCGGCCGUAUCGCAAAUCACCCAGAGCAUUCCGGAAGUGACGAAGGAGGUGCGUCUGAUCGCUGCCCUCAUGGACGACGAUUGUACCGGGGAUAAAUUGCUCGAGGCGACCCGUAAGCUUUGCAACGCGUUCAGCGAUCUGUUGCGAUCGGCCGAACCGGAAAGCAAGGAACCGCGUCAGAAUCUGCUGAAUGCGGCGACGCGUGUGGGUGAAGCUAGCGGCCAGGUGCUGAGCACGAUCGGUGAGGAAAGCGUCGAAAGCCGUGAGCUGCACGACAUGUUGCUCGGUUUGGCAAAGGCGGUCGCCAACACAACGGCCGCGUUGGUGCUGAAGGCAAAAUCGAUUGCUGCCGUUACGGAGGAUGAGGCAACGCGCAAUAAAGUUAUUGGAGCGGCAAGUCAGUGCGCUCUAGCCACCAGCCAGCUCGUGGCGUGUGCUCGCGUCGUUGGACCAACCAUCCAGAGUCCUGCCUGUCGGGAGCAGCUGGAAGCAGCUGCACGAGAAGUCGCUAAAGCCGUCGCCCACUUGGCGGAAGUGUGCAACGAAGCCACCGACAAUCAACAGCUCCGUGGUGAUCUAACAGCAGCAGCGAAGGAUGUCUCCAAAUCGCUCACCGACCUGCUGGAACACAUCAAGCUGAGUGCCCGCGAAAAGGCACGCCGCGUCGAGAACGAAAACCCCGUCGAUAACGUGCUCGUGGCGACGGACAUUCUCGUGUCGUCGUCCGACCCGCAGGAGAUGAUCCGACAGGCACAGCAGCUUGGCAAAGCGACUGCCCAGCUGAUCGAGAGCAUCAAGGGUGAAGCUGAGAGCCAGCACGAUUCGAACAUGCAGCGAAAGCUGUUGGAAGCGGCCAAGCAGCUGGCAGACGCUACCGCCCGCAUGGUGGAAGCGGCUCGACUGUGUGCCGGCAAUCCACACGAUUCUGCGCACCAGGAAACGCUGCGUGCAGCUGCCGAGGAGCUGCGUGUUAUCACGACAUCGACGGCAAACACACCCGCCAUUAAGCGGCAGCUGAUCGGGCGACUGGAGCAGUGCGCUAAGCAGGCGGCCUCGUCCGCUACGCAGUGUAUAACGGCGGCUCAGAAUUCGCUCAUCCACAGCAACGAUGUGCAGACGAAGGAGAUUCUGCUGCAGGAUUGUCAGGCGGUCGCCGAUCAGAUACCACGGCUGGUCGCGGGUGUAAAGAACACACUGUCUCGUCCGGACGAUCCGAACGCUCAGCUGGGAUUGAUCGAUGCAGCAGAGAUGUUCCUGGAGCCGGGUGCACAGAUGGCAGGAUCCGCUCGUGAACUGCAGCCGACGGUAAUGGACCAGGCAGCGUCGCAGCAAUUGGGUCGUUGUGCCGUGAACCUGACACACGCGAUCCACGAUCUCCGUCAGGCGGCUCAUCGUGCUCGAGAAGCUUGUGGUGGCAAUGAGCUGGAUGCAGCGCUGGAAGCUGUCCGUAACCUUCGCAACGUGCUCAGCGACACGCGUCGCGCAGCGCAGGAAGGUAGUCUACGGCCGCUGCCGGGCGAAACGGCUGACAGUUGCUUCAAGCAGCUAGCUGCCGCUAGCAACUCCGUUGAUGUGUCGAUGCAUCAGCUGAUGAGCGCUGCUCAGCAGGGUAACCGGACGUACGCGGGUGUGGCAGGCCGUGACACAGCCCUCGCCCUGGGAGAUUACACCAAGAGCGUCCGUGGAGUGUUGGUAACGACGAAGAAUCCUGCCGUGGUUGACUGUGCCGAUGAAGUGAUUGUCGACUCGCUGCGUGUAAUUGAGGAAGCACAGCGUACGCUGCAGAACCUCGACAACCAGGAAGCGUUGUUAAUCGCGAUCAAGCGCACGAAGCAUUCGCUUGGUCGUACGAUCGACUGUCUGCCGGGUGUGAAGGAUAUCAAUGAGGCAUUCGAUACGGUUACUGAUUUGCGUGGCAUUCUUGACACCGGCGAGUACCCACCGUCCGAUCGACCAUACGGACAGCUGCAGAACGAGCUUAAAUCGGCCGCAGAUCAGCUGAACGUGGCCGGCGGACAGGUGGCGCAAUCGUACGACAGCUCCAUCAAGCUGGCCGGUACAAGCCAAGAGUUUUGUCACGCGUACAAGGAGCUGCUCACGGUAACGCUCGAGAUGGCCGGCCAGACGGCCGAAGAUCGUGCACGGGAAGAGAUCGUUAACUCGCUGCGCGGUGUAUCCAACCAGUCGAUCAGUCUACUCGGAACCGCUCGCUAUGUGGCCGGAGAUCCAGAUCGUCCCAAUGCGAAGAACGAGCUGUCGUCCGCCGCUCGUCUAGUGACGGAAAGCAUCAACCGACUGGUGGACGUGUGUACGCAGGCAGCUCCAGGUCAGAAGGAGUGUGACGGUGCUAUUCGUAGCAUCGAGUCCCUGCGCCCGUUGCUGGAGUCGCCCCAAGAAUCGUUGACCGAUCAGGGUUACUUCGAUUGUCUCGAUACUGUGCUGGAAAAGUCUCGCACACUCGGCGAAGGCAUGACGGGAAUAGCGAACAACGCGAAGAACUCGAAACACGUCGAGUUUGGACAUUCGGUCAAUUCGGUUUCGGAUUCGAUUCGUGGACUGAUCGAGUCAGCCGCGCAGGCCGCCUACCUCGUCGGUGUGUCCAAUCCGACCAGCGUUGGAGGGCGGCCAGGAAUUGUCGAUCAGGCACAGUACGCCCGAGCGGCACAAGCUAUCCGUCAGAGCUGCGACAUCCUGCGCGGACAGGCAUCUUCCCAACCGCAGGUGUUAUCGGCUGCAACCGUCAUCGCCAAGCACACGUCCGCGCUGUGUAACGCGUGCCGUAACGCGAGCUCCACAACGACGAACCCCGUUGCCAAGCGCCACUUCGUCCAAGCUGCCAAGGAAGUUGCCAACUCAACAGCUGCUCUCGUGCGAGAGAUUAAGGCGCUCGAUCAGGACUACAGUCCGGCCUCGCGGCAACGCUGUGCAGCUGCUACGGAACCACUGUUGGAAGCAGUUUCUUCGCUCUGUCACUUUGCAUCAUCGCCUGAGUUUAUUUCGAUUCCAGCUCGCAUCUCAACCGAAGGACGUAAAGCACAGGAACCGAUCCUUACUGCCGGUCGGGGCAUUCUCGAUGGGGCCGUCGAUAUGGUGCGCACGGCAAAGGUUCUCGCACUGACCCCGACGGAUCCACCCGUAUGGCAGCAGUUGGCUACCCACAGCCGCAACGUAUCGGACAGCAUCAAGCAGUUGGCGUCCAGCAUUCGCGAGAAGGCACCGGGACAGAUGCAGUGCGAUCAGGUGCUGGAAGUGCUGAAGGAUUGCUCGCGUGAACUGAACUCGGCUGCUUUGGCGGUCGGUGUGGAUGGGUUGCCGCAGCGCAAGGACAGUAACCUGCAGGGCUUCACGAAUCAGUCGCUGAACGCAGCUUCCGAGCUUAUCGAUCGUCUCGAGCCGGUCAAAUCGUCUGCGAAGAAGAAUGCCGAAAGCCUGGGUCAUGCGGUCAACCAGAUUGCGAAGCACAUUGUACCGCUGACGAAUGGUGUGAUUGGAGCUUGCUCGCAGCUCGUCCACUCGGGCCAGCAAACGGUGCUGAUCAAUCAGGUCAAGUCGGUGGUGGAAUGUUGCGCUCAGCUCGUGCAAACGGCCAAGCAGGCCGGUGGAAACCCACGGGCCGCCCAUUUCCAUCCCGAGCUGGAUGAGGCGGUCGAGUCAACGCGUGAAGCGAUCCAAGAGCUGAACGCCACCGUGGAGCGUCUGUCCACCGAGAAUGGUGUUGUGACUGGUCUGAUGGAACAAAUCUCCCGCUCGAUGUCUCGCAUCUCCGACAAACGUCAAUCGUUCCUGGGAGCCUCGCUGAACGACACGUACGUCGACUACCAAACGCGCAUGGUACAGAGCGCGAAGGAGAUUGCGCGCUAUGCAAACGAGAUCAACGCGAAGGCUGCGAUCGACCCGUCCAAGUUGGCCCAACUGUGCGUGGAAAUGACGCACCACUACACGCAACUGGCACAGGACGCAAUCGGUGCGUCGGCCCUUACUACCUCACCGGACGUUGCGAUUCGCAUUCGGAACACGGUGCAGGAUCUAGGACGAUCGGUGAACGUGCUGAUCCAAUCGACGACCGGCAUUCGCAAGGAUGACAGUAGCGGUUUGGUGGAGAUUUCGCGCGGCGCUCGUGAUGUGUCGGAAAAGGUGGCUCAGGUGCUGGCAGCCCUGCAGGCUGGUUCGCGCGGUACGCAGGCGUGUAUCAACGCUUCCAGCACGGUGUCGGCUAUUAUCAGCGAUCUCGACACGACGAUCAUGUUCGCCACGGCCGGUACAUUGCAGUCCAGCGAUGAGGAUGGCAAAUUCUCCGACCAUCGUGAACACAUCCUCAAAACGGCCAAAGCACUGGUUGAGGAUACGAAGAUAUUGGUCGCGGGCGCGGCUGGCACGCAAGAUCAGCUAGCAGCUGCUGCCCAGAACGCAGUCACGACUAUUUUACAAUUGGCCGAUGCGGUCAAGCAUGGCGCCGCGUCGCUCGGUUCCGGUCAGCCCGACUCGCAAGUGAUGGUCAUUAACGCGGUCAAAGACGUAGCCGCAGCACUCGGUGAGCUUAUAAACGCUACUAAACUCGCCUCCGGCAAGCCCAUUAACGAUCCAGCUAUGAAUGAUUUGAAAGAUAGCGCUAAGGUUAUGGUGAUGAAUGUCACCUCGCUGCUUAAGACGGUCAAGGCCGUCGAGGACGAACACACGCGCGGUACGCGCGCAAUGGAGGCAACGGUGGAUGCCAUCUCGCAGGAGCUGCGCUCGAUGCAGUUCGCACCGGAGAUGAUGCGCUCGAGCAUGCAGCAACUGUCCCGACCGGAGGAUCUCAUCAGCGUUACCAAGCACGUAACGGCGGCCACGGCAAAGGCGGUAGCCGCUGGUGCAUCCAACUUGCAGGCGGACAUUGCAGCUGCUGCCAACCUGGGCCGGAAAACCAUCUCCGACAUGCUGAGCGUUUGCAGGUCCGUUGCGUGGUCGUGUGCAGAAACGCAGGACCUUCGGCAACGAACGCUCGACGCUGGUUCGGCAGUGGCCAUCGCUUACCGUGAGCUGUUGGAAGGUAUACUGCACCACUGCACGGCAGACGAACGGAUGCAGCUGUCGCGACGCGUAGCGAUGUGUGUGACGGAUCUGGUCGGUAUGGCGCAGCUGCUGAAGGGAUCCGAUUGGGUAGAUCCGGACGAUCCGACGGUGAUUGCGGAGAACGAGCUGCUCGGUGCGGCCGCUUCGAUCGAGGCCGCCGCAAAGAAGCUGGCCAACCUGCGCCCUCGUCGGCAGGAAGUGAAGGAAGCGGACGAGAAUCUAAACUUUGACGAAAUGAUUCUGGAAGCGGCCAAGUCCAUCAUGGCGGCAUCUUCCUCACUCGUUCGCGCUGCUAAUGCCGCCCAGCGAGAGCUUAUCGACCAGGGCAAGGUGGCGAAACGUCCGCUCACCUCCUCGGACGAUGGUCAAUGGUCAGAGGGAUUGAUUUCGGCCGCGCGUCUCGUAGCCGCCGCCACACACAGUCUCGUCGAGGCGGCCCAAAACCUCGUGCAGGGCGUCGGCACUGAGGAGAUGCUCAUAUCUUCCGCAAAACAGGUGGCCAGCUCCACAGCUCAGCUGCUGAUUGCGUGCAAGGUGAAGUCAGACCCGAACUCCGAAACGGGCCGACGUUUGCAGGCGGCCGGUAACGCAGUCAUCAAGUCGACCGACAAACUGGUACAGGCGGCUCAGCAAGCGAUCGAGGGUGAGGAGGAGCACACGCUGCGCCUGAAUCGCAACAUGGUGGACGGUAUGGCUCAGGAAAUUAAUGCACGCUCGGAGAUUCUGAUGCGCGAACGGCAGCUCGAGGAGGCUAAGAACAAGCUGAUCGCCAUCCGGCACGCAAAGUAUCGGCAGAAGCUGGGCGGUGGUUUUACGACCGACGAGAGCGACGAAGGUGGUGUUGCGCCACCUCCAUUCGCUGGCUAUGGACAGUCGACAUCACCGAAACCACCCCAAACGCUACCCAAACCGGGAACCUAUUCACCUUCCUCGUUUGGUGGCGUUUCGCCGGGUCAGGGUGCAAGCACUAUGCCUCGCCUGGGACAGCAGUCUGCAUCGCCGGCAAGUCCCAGCUUCCAGCGUCCCGGAUCGGGCAAUCAGCUGCUCACUGCGAAUGCCGUCCCUAAGCCGUACCAGUCGGAUGCGCUAAAGUCUCCAUCAGCCUUGGUGUCGCCGUCGAUGCUGAAUCGAUCGUACGACAUGACGCGUGUGGAGAAUACGAACCUAAGCGCUUCCAAGUUUAACCGCACUCAAUUCGAUGCCGCUGUCCAGGAUCUACAGAACAAGGUGCAACCGCUCAGCACGUUCCGGUCAUCCCCAACACAUCCGCACACGAAUGGAGGUGUGGCUGGUAGCUCGCCAGCUCCCCAAACGUACGAAGGAUUCACCACCAGAUACGAAACCCGUGUCUUUCAGAAUGCCAAUAACACUAAUCCACAAAGCCCAACCAACCCGCUAACCACUGUGGAGCAGAAGUUUGCUAAACUUAACCUAGAAAACCACGACAUGCAACAGCAGCAGCAACGCUACCAGCAGUCACAGUCACCAAACCAUGGUUUUUAUAACAAAUCCGCCACAAGCCCUCCGGCACAAUCCGGCACUAGCACUAGCAGCUUUGCCGCAAGUCCCGCCGCAAAUGUCACUAACGCUAUGGCUAGCUCACCGCAACAACAGCUGCAACAGUUCCGUCAACAGCAGCAGCAGCAGCAUCAGCAGCAACAGCAACACUUCCUUCGCACCACCAGCACCACUACCACCUCCUCCUCCUCCGCCGCCUCCACCAACAACAACAACACCUCCGUGCCUUCCGUACCGACGAUUAAAAAUGGUAACGUUAGUCUCUUUGACAGUGGCGCAACCAUUGCGACCACCAAUGUGGGCGGCACUGUAAUAACGGAGGGUCACCGCGAGCACCACUACCAGCAGCAACAGCAACAGCAAGUCAUCCACACCAAAAAGGUCCACAUGACGACAUCCUCCACCUCGUCGUCGUCGACAACGAUGAAAUCGGGCAGCACUGGCGGUCCCGGACCGGAAUGGAAGUAAGCGGCCCCGGUGCGUAUGCCGCGUGUGUAGUUCGUCCCUGUUACAAAGCGAAAACAAACAAAAACAAUCCCCUCCCCCCGCUCCCCUUUAGGGUACUAAUGAAGCCUAGCCUAAUGUACUGUUUCGUUCUGUUUCUUCGCGGCCUUGGCUCUCGGUGCGAACCGCAAGGUUCGUUUGUUGACUUUUUUAACUGUUUGUAGCAUGUAAGGGUAGCAUGUAGAAAGGGCGUGCGUUUGUGUGUAAUUUAUGAACACGAGACGAGACGAUUUUGUAAAAUUUCUUCUGGGAGAAACGUUUUUUGCAAUAACCGCCACCCAAGUGCCACGUGUUUGUUGUUUGCAAAGCGAAUGCAAAACAGGAGAAAAAACAGCAAAGUACUAAAAACCGUAAACAAAAACCUAAAACUUAGUAGACAGAGAGCAAGAGUUUAAUAUAUUAAUUCGAAAUGUUAGUAUGUGUAGCAUAUAUGUACGUGCGUGUGUGUGAUUAACUAACGGACGGUGAAAGAUUAGCAGGAAGGAAGGAAAGUUAGCAACAACAACAAAAAAAAAAGGAAGAGAAGAAUGUUUCCACAUGAAAACUCACUAAUGUGCCUCGAGUAUACUUACCGUUUGCCUUCCGUUGCCUUGCUGCACAGUGGCGGCGAAAAACAAAACUGCAAGUCGGAUGCCUUUUUUCCUUACCGCCAGUAUAAAUAGUAGCGUCUUAGCUGGCCAUUUUGUUCGGAGUAGUAACUAUGACCACGAUUGCUGCUGCUACUACAACUACUACUACUACUAAUUGACUGUAUAUGCCAACGAUUGCCAACGAUUGUCGCUCGCCUUUUAAUCGCAGCGUGCGAAGGAUUUGAAUGCUGUAUCGAUCGGAAGUGCCAUUUUGUGUAUCUUGUACUACUACUACUACUACUUAUAUUACCGCUAAUUCUACUACUUCUAUUACUUCUUGAACACUUGAACCGUACACUUAAGGUUUUUUAGUCGCAUACUAGUUGAGCGGAAUUUAGUGGUUCCACUCGAAAACACACAAAACAAAACAAACAAAAAAAGGACACAUGGUUAUACUAAACUAGGCAAAUGCGAAAAUGCGCGUCGUGUUGUUUAAACACAUGAGAGGACUAACCGUCCCACCAUUAGGCCAAUGAGUGAAAAUCUUAGUCUUUUUGUUUCGCUUUCUUUGCGCGUUGCUCUUGUAAAGCAACCAAAAACGAAGAGAAGUGUAAGCAUAUAUUUAGUUUUUUUUUUCUGUUGUUGAUAAUUUGCUAUUAUUUGCCGUGUUUUUUAAUCGAUUAACUAAAAACCAGAAUGUUUUUGUUUUAUUAUAUUAGAAUUUUACUUAACACGCAAAGCAAACAAAAAAUUGGAAA